UUUGACGCUACCCUGCGCUACACUCAGGCAGUGCUCGAGUGAACUUUCGAAGAUGGCGUCGCGAGUGUGUACUGUUUUAUUCUCAUCAAUGGGUAUCAUUACAAUUUCAUGUCUUUGCGUGCUCCUCAUCGUGGAAACUUCAGCUACGCAUUAUGAUGUGUCUGGCGGUGCUGCGGAGCUGUCACGAGAGGAUAUUGUGCCACUCCACCGUGUCCGGCGUGGCUCCGGUGCCACUGAAGUCACCAAGAAGCCGACGCUGGACAACAAAAAGAUGCCGACCAAGACACCCUUCAUAAAAACGCCAGAGCUGUCCAAGCUGAAGGAAUCUCCAGUAGUCGAAGGCAUGGUGCCGCCUGCAGUUCCGACACAAGCCGCUGGAGCACCACUGACCACAGCUGUUCCACAGCCGGCACCGCAGCAACAUCUGGUGGGCAAUGUUACCACUGAAUCUCCUACUGUGCCCCCCAGUGCCCCUGCUGUGCCCGCAGUUGUGCCCGCCAAUACUGAGGCAGGCAAUGUGUCGACGACGACUCAGGUGACACCCCUGGUGACAUCCUUCCUCAGCGAAGAGGAGCUGGAGAGCCUGGUCGAAUCGGGCAACGUGACGCUGCCACCGGGAUACCAGAACCAGACGGAUCACCAUGACUAUUACAACACCACUUUCUACGUGGACCCUGCAACGGUGCGGAGCCUUUGGACCGACAUGGAUGCGCUGCCCAGCGAGCAUGUCAUCACCCAUGACAUGCUCUCUGUGUCGCACCGACGGGCAGCCACGGUGAACUUGAGUUUCGACUUCCCCUUCUAUGGUCACCCAGUGCGGAACAUCACCAUUGCCACUGGAGGUUUCCUGUUCACAGGCUACAUGCUGCACGUGUGGCUGGCUGCGACGCAGUUCAUUGCACCCCUCAUGGCCAACUUUGAGACUAUCUCCAGCAACGAGUCUUCAAUCAAGUACGUCGAUAACGGUACAUCCUUUGUGGUGGAGUGGCAUCAGGUUGUACUGCAGGACAAGCCCAGUGGAGGCAACUACACAUUCCAGGCUGUGCUGCACAAAAAUGGAGACAUUGUCUUUGUCUACAAAGAUGUGACUGCCAUGGCCGUAACGGAAAUUCCUGACCGGAGCCACCCAGUCAAAGUUGGAAUAUCGGAUGCCUACAUGUUUGACCGCAUGGUGUUCUUUGUCAAGCGGAAGACCAUCUACGAGUACCACCAGGUGAGCAAGAAGAGUGACGUCAUUCGUAGCAACACGGCCAUUGUGUUCACCGCCCUGCCCACGUGCCUGGGCCUGAAGACUUGUACAGAGUGCCGCUCAGCACAGCUUUCGUUCAGCUGCUCGUGGUGUGAUGCGGUGCAACGUUGCUCAAGUGGCAUUGACCGGCACCGCCAGAGCUGGCUGGAGAACCAGUGUGACCUUGAGGAAAAGAAGAAUGCCUCGCAGUGCGGUGCCACUCCACGCACCACAGUGCCACCACCAGCUGUUCCAACAGCGCCAAGCAGCUCUGCUACAGCGGCAGUGGCCAAUGCAUCCAUCGCUGUCGCCAAUGCGACCGGUACUAUUCCUGAGGUGGUUUCCAUUCACACCAACGAUGUGCACGGUGAUGCAGCAGCACACAGUGCAGCCGUUAUGCCAUCGGACGGUUCCUCAUCAUCGCACGCUGUCAGCUCUGGCACGGUGGUCGCUGUCAUCAUGAUCCUGGUGCUCGUAGUUGCCGUUGGCGUGUGGCUGCUGUAUGCAUACCGCAACCCCCAGACGCCUGCUGGACAGCUCCUCAUCAAGUAUCGUCCGAGCCAGUGGAGGCUCCAUGGUGAAGCCCGCUACACGGCCGCCACCUCGGUCCAUAUCUGAGGAAGCUGUCCAACGGCCAACGACUUUGAUAACAAUGUCGUGACCUCAGGAGCCGGGGUAAUGACAUUGAAAGGAGGAGCGAGUUCUUCCCUUGGAGUCGUCGGCUCUGCCGGCUUCAAGCACUGACCCAUCUGUUCAGCUCUCCCCCUCCUUCCCCUCUUCUAUUCACUUCCCUCUUGUUGUGCUUGGACUCGUCUGUGCAGCAGGCAAACAUGUCGUGGCAUCUUUUACUUUGGGCAGUCAAUGGAGAAAGACGCAACCAGUGGGCUGCCUUCUCUGUUGAUCAUUUGUUUUGAGAAUAGUUGUAGUUUCUGUGGGCAGCAAAAGCAGGCAUGACAAACGAAAGGUAUGGGUUCACACCCCUCCCUUUCAGCACUGUCAAGUAUAGUAACACCUUGUUAAUACGUACCUGCUUAAUAAGUAAUUCUGGUUUAAAUAUAGUGGUGACGGAUCCCCCGCCCUGUCACCAUUGAACCUAAUGUAUUGGCUGACUGCUUAAACCGUAGUCGCUUAACACAUUCGAAAUGGGUAGUGCGUAGUAUUUACUUAAUUUUUCAGCGCAUACAAGCAUGGACUCUGAAAUGGCACACGCGCCGACCAUAAAUAGCAAAAUUGCGACGCACGGGCCUUUUCCAGACUACAGUUGCCACCGAUAGUGACAUCAAAACACGGUAGCCAGGACGUGUUUCCUGCUCCCAAUGCUUCGCGCACUUCCACCUCAUCGUCAUGGAUGACGAUGUGCAUACCUGAUCCACGUUCUCUGCCAACUACGUAUUAAGGAGGUUUUCCUGUACUUUGACGAGGCAUACAGCAGAAAUGCGCUGCCAACAAGUGUUAGUUAAUUCAGUGAGAAAUUAUGCCGAAUGGCAUGUCGCAAGAUGCAUGUCUCGUUUAUAGUGAUCAAUAAUGAAUAUGGCUCAGCGCUUGAGGUGUUCAGUGUUGAGCUAGUGGCCUAAAGCGUCCAGUGCGAACCUGUUGCUCAUUGUAAAAUGCUUGCCAUUUUCACUUGACUUCAGCUGCCAUAUACUUUAGGGGCACUCUGCUUUAACCAUGGCCCUCAAUCGACUGGAGUGUUGUGCGGAACAGAGCUUGCUUGCUCUUACUCAAGGGGAAUCUCUUGCAAACUAACUGCAGUAAGUUGUCUACCCUGUUACAACGAGGGCCCACCACAAGGUUAACUGGACACUGACCCAUUACUUCAACAGGUUUUUGACAACAUGCUGGCAACAAUGGGCUUAGUUUUAGGGCAGUGUUGUAGCGUCUGUCACGCAAUUCCAGCUGUAUGGGUGUUAGGGCACCGCAAGAGCUGGCACCUUUCAUUAGUGGAAUUCAAUUCUCGGAUAUUCCUAAUCGGGCAGUACUUCCAAGUCCCUGAGUGGAUAGCAUGUGUAAAUGCCCACACAACUUCUCACUGCUUGCUUCUCCUACGUGCUGCUAUGUCUUGGCUGCUAUGUCAUGAUAAUGUCAUGAGUGGUGGUCUCGCACAGGGAAGAGAGCAAGCAAUUCGUAGUAUUGCUGGUGCAGGACGCAAUAGAUAAAAAUUUAUGCACCUAUCACCGCACAUCAUUUAACUUCUGUAGUUGGUGGCAGAAAGCUCCUAGGAGUAAAACCCUAUACAGUAGACAUGCAUGGCUCAAACUGAGCAGUCGUGCAUGUAGCUGGCUGCAGCAGCUAUUUAUUGCAUUCUUGUCGCAGCUAGCAUGCUGCGUGUUGCACCUCUUCAUCCACACUGGGAAGUACUCAGCGCUGUAACUAAGGGAAGGGAGAUGGUGGCCUCCACACUUUUAAACAGUCCUCAAAUUGACACCUCAACUUGGCUCCGGAAACUGGAGGAAAAUGCAGUCCUUCAUCUGUAGUGGUCCGCACUCCAAAAACUUUCAACAUUUUUUUAACUUGGCAGCAUCAGCUUCUGUGUGAGAGUGCUGGAGAGUGGAGAUCCUGAGGAAUUUUCCUUGCAACACCUCCCUGUAGAAAUUGCAGGGGAGCGCUGGUGCAAGGCCUCUUUCGGUCAAGAGGCAAUGUUGUUUGACCUUAAAUACUUGCGACCACUACAAGGUCGGAAGGCUUGAUUUGCUUGGAGGCCACUGCUGCACGUACAUUCCAUUGUGCUCUUGACACAAAAGCUUUGUUUGGGUCUAUGUGGUGGGUGUAGCUACACCAGUGUUGAGGUGCAGUGCCUAAUCAAACUAACUCAAGGGAUAGCUUCACCAAAUGGUCCUGAAUUUUUUUGGCUGCAUGGAGGUGUCUCCCAUGUACCACACAAGUCGUGUGACAUUGACUGAGGGACUUGGUGAGGAUUUUUAUAGGUUCACAGAGGUCAACAUGGAUGCUGCCACUGUUUGUGCCUUCAGCGAUUGCUCACAGCUUUUCACCCAUAAGCUUCUACACUUUGCUGUGGCCGUUGUCACAGCUGCAUGCUUUUGUCUUCGGUGGUCAGCACUUGUCUUUCCAGAAUGUUCUUGAUACAUCAUCCGUGCAGCAAUUCUCAGUAGCGUGCAGUGGUAGCGAUGCAGGGAGAUGAAAAGUUGCCACUUGACUGUGAAUCAAAUUCUGUUAACAGCUCUUGCUGACAGACAGCGAAUUGACGAGAAUCAAAAGUACAAUUACCUCAUGUGCUUUGUAUAAUGUGUUCAGCUUGAAAAAAGAAAGUGUCACAAUUCUGUGCUAGCUAAAUGAUUCAACAUUGCACUAGCACUGGCUUCAUUGGCACUUUGCACCUUCUGUCAUGACUGGCUCAUCAGCCAUCGCUGUGGUGGGAGCCAACACAGCACACUUAGCUUGGCUGUACCAUCGUGUCUGUACUCAAUGUGGCGUUUUCUCUGAUGAUGAAAAUUAAGCUACCUCACAGAGGUUACUGCUGUGGACAUUGCAACAUCCUGCCCCGUGAAGAAAGCUGCUUCAGUAAAACUGCAAGGUUCUGGUCUCUCCCCUACAGGCUGGGAGUCAGUUUUUGCCGAACAUUGGAACCUGACUGCUUUCUUUGUUUUCCAAGCCCAAUUUAUUUCAUUCCCCACCCCUCCCCAAUUUACUAUUCAUAGAUAUCAUUUGGCAUGGUAUUCAAGGGAGACACAAAAUGAGCGGCUCACCGCCUAUGCUGGCCAAUCUGGCAGUGUAAUCUUGUUAAAGGUAAACUGAUGUGUUUAUCAAAUUGCAGAUUCAGAUUUAUCUUGCAGACAGAGCAUUACAUAUCUCAACGGCACUAAUUCGGGAAAUGCGCAAGGGCGUUGCUGAAAGUUUGCUGUCUCUUCUGUGGGCUGAAUCGGCUGUUUCGAUUUGUAAUGUGAAUUCACCUUUAGUCGGCACAGGUGGUUCCGAUAACUGUGUCGAAAAUGUGGCCAUAACGUUCUGCUUUGCACAGCACUCUAAAUUUAAUUCCAAGACCCAAGGAAGUUGCACAAGUGAAUCUCUUCUAGCUGACUUCCUUGCAAGACGAGAUGUUGCCAUGCUUCCAGAAGUACACCUCUGUGGAGGAACUUGAUUGUGCAAUUUCAAGUGUCACUAUCUGUAGGUUCUUUACAGCCACUUUCAUGUGCAUUGAUCACUUUCGUGACCACGAGACAGAGUUGCAUUGUUAUCAGAACUGCCUCCAAGAUUUGUCUCCAUUGACACAUAUCCGCGUGCUUUUAGUGCUGCAGUAGUUGAGGGCAUGCUAAAUGACAAUCUUUCUUGCAAGAACCUCCUAACCCUGCUAUUGGAUCUCGCACAACAAAGUGCCUUUCUUGACGUAGCAAGAACAGAGCACAGCUUUCACGACUUUGGUCGCGACUGCUUGUUUCAUGCUGCCACCAGAGCUUCUCACUGCUUUACCUUGGAACAUAUGCAUUCCUUGCAUUCUGCCCUUUCCUGCCCUCGGGCCAGUGCCUGUGCGUUUGAAGGCAGCACUAUGUGCACUGUUUGUCUGGUCUCUCCCUACAGGCUGGGAGUCAGUUUUUGCCGAACAUUGGGACCUGACUGCUUUCUUUGUUUUCCAAGCCCAACUUGUCUUAUUCCCCACCCCUCCCCAAUUUACUAUUCAUAGAUAUCAUUAGGUAUGGUAUUCAAGGGGGACACAAAAUGAGCGGCUCACCGCCUAUGCUGGCCAAACAUAGGAAAGAGAGGAAGGGUCAAGAGAAUGCACAGAAUUGAGAAAGACUGCAGCAACUGGAAAGAGCAGUGUAACAGCUUAGCUGGCACCUCACAGAAGGGCACUUUCAUAAGCUGCUAGUAGUACCGACUUUCUCGGUGUCUACCCGGUCUCGGCAUGGUUCUGGUCUAUGCUUCCUAUGCCCUUUUUUUUAUAAAGCAUCUCGCUUCAACAUUCCCGACAGUGGUGUUUUCUUUUGGGAAAAACCUAGCAGCUCAGCUUACGAGGCGUUUAACUUUUUUUUUUUAUUACUUUGAUACGAGGCCGAGAAACUUUCCCUAAGUGCAACGGUGCGCAUUUUUUUCUUGCGGCAGUUUUUGUUGUGCGUCAGGCAGAGUGACUUUUUUUUUCUGCGUCCAGUACCUCGCUUGUCCUGUUGUGUCAAAGCUCUUGUCCUGUCAAUGAACUACCUUGGCCACUAUUUUCUGUCGAGGGGGAGUGUUCUAGAAUUCUGACUUACGUUCCUCGCGCAUUAUUUUACUGUCGUCAAGAGUACACCUCAGUUAUGCCUGCUUGUUUUAUAUCUGUGUUCUCUCCCUGUCUCUUAUAAUGUUACCUUCUCAGUUUUGACAAAGACAUUACUGGGCGUGUUUUUAAGUAGUAUGUACAUAAGACAAUAUAUGUAGUUAUAGUAUCAUAGUUUAUAGUUAAGCCUAAAAAUACAACUUGUUAACUUCUUCCCGCCCACAUCCUGCCUGUGAUGCUCGUUAUUGCGUAAACCUGCUUUCUUUCUUUUUGUACUGACGGGUACAGCAACUCUUGAGCAGACUCACAGAAGCAGGCAAGAUAGUCUUUUGCAUGAUCCACAGGCGCACUUUCGCUGUUGAGCAUACGGCCUCACUCAGUAUUAAGCAAGUCCCCUGCACCGCUGGCAGAAAGGUUAUCAAAAAUACAUUUUGAAACAUACCUGCAGCAGGUUUGAUUCUUCAUCUGUCUGCUAAAAAAAUGCAGCUUUUUUUAAAAAGACCACGUGUUUCUGAUUUUUCAUGAGUUUUUGCAGAAAUUGAAAAAAGAAAAGGAAAAAGUUGGUGGAAAAUCUGUUCUGAAUAUCAUUAAAUACCUUGCAAAGAGCUCACUGCAGGCUUAGUUUCUCUUCUAGCAAGCCAACAACGCAGUGAAAUCCACUGUCCGUAUGCAUGUAUACCCAGAGACAGUCAUGUGUGCAUGGGCAUGCCAGCUCACAGGCCGUGUUGCAGCAGUGUCCAAGAACAAGAUUGGUGCAUGCUGCCAUUGUCUGUACCAUGAGAAGACAAGUCUUGAGUGAUUGAUUAAUGCAUACGCUGGCCCAUUUUCCACUGCUAGACUGUUGAUAAAUUUACGCUUGUGUUCUUGGUGCAACACUGUUCAGCGGAACAUGCAAGACAAGGCGAACAUAACUUUAUUUUUAUUUUUUCCCUGCAGUUUGCAGCUUGUUCAAAUUGGUAUUUGACUCCUGACUUCAUGUGUUUGGUUUGUUUCUGCAAUAUUUUCAUACUCCGUUUUGCUACAGUGUGCUGGGGUAUAAGAGAGGAAUUUGUUUGCUGUAUAUUUUGGGUGGUGUGUUCCUCCCUUGGUAUUUUUUUUUUUUUUUGCAGACAUAGCCAUCUCUUUGAGGGUCAUUGAGCUUUGUAUGUGCAACAGACCUAAAGCAUAUUGAAUAUCAUCUUACUUUGUUGUCAGGUUAAAGGAUUAAAAUGAAUGUUACUACAAGUCCGAAUUUAAGAGCAAGAGAACGAGUUUCAGCCUGUAUUAUGUCUAUUCAGCAGUUCCCAUGUUGGCUAAGUGUAUCGCUAUGUCAGGCUGCCACAUGCUGCCGUCAAGCUCUCAAAAAGAAUCAUUUCAUGCUUUAUGCUUUGAACUCAGCCUUCGAAACAAAACACAGCAAGCCAGCUUCUGUAAAAUCUAUUUACUCUUGUUGCAGGCAUGAAAUUUUGCUUAGUAUAUGCGUUAAAAGUUGUAAUGGGGAAGGAGUUGGCAAAGAGUCGCUAACAUUAUGUUGGAGCAGGUUGAGAGGAGCUGGCCUGUACAAUACUCCGUUUUGUAUGGCCCUUUUCUUGUGCCACAACGGUCUGUCGUACGAUCCAUGAUCGUUAGCUCAUCCAGUAUGAAUGGCAAAACGGGUGCUCAAUCAUGCAGUGAAGUUCAGGUGCAGCAGGGAGGCGGACAAGCUAGAUGCAUGAAUAUGGCAGCGCGAGUUGCUUUAUAGACAGAAAGUCAGUGUUUUUAACCAUUGUACAAUCGAGGAACCUGGUUAUGAAAAUUGCAGCGCUACUAUUGUUUCAACCACAAUGUCACAGUUGUGCCUAUGCUUGCAUUGUAGAUAUUUGCUCUUAUGUUAAAAACUCUCAACGUGUACAAGCAUACAUGCUGUCAAGAUGCCUGAGCAUUGGUGCCUUCAGGUCUCCUUUUGUGACUAUUUUUUUCCUUUUUUUCGCAUUGCGAGCUUUUUUGCUUUCUGACUGUGGUAGCCUAGCUCUUGAGCGACCCAUAUAGAGUGAACAGUUCCAUUUUGUACAGUGGAACCCGAGUCUCAAAAAUGGGCUGGAAGACAAGGCCAGGUGGAAGUCUCGCUGUGUAGGCAGCAGCACUUUGUGGAGUGCAUUCUGUAGUUCAUGGAAUGCCGCUUACAAGACUUGGCGUUGUGCUCAUCGUGGAUGAAGGGGCGAGGAAUGAAGUUCCAUGCUUGUUGCAAGAAGUCAUGACUGCAGCAGUGCAGGUUGUACAGGGAAAUAAUGUCAGUCACUGUUGGAUCUGUAGUUGGAGAAUCUCAUAGGCAUUUCUUUUUCUUUUUUGUGAAGUUUCUCCUUCAAUGUUAUGCAAGGAAUAUAUGUCAAGGUUUGUAAUUAAAGUAGCAUCUCGAUAUGAUUUCAGUCCUGCCUUGGUGCAGGUUCUUGGCUCGCAUCUUUUGCCUCAUUUCUUAUUGUCUUUUGCAAUGUGUUAAUGUGAGAAGAAUUUUUGCAUGUGGAAAUUGCAGUGUCUUAAUGUAAAGAACUGUGCUCUUCACCAUGAAACACACUGUUUGGUUUGUAAACAUCCAAUUAUGGUUACCCUGCAUGGUACCUCCUUGAUUUCGUACUUGUGGUCUUCUGUCUGUUGCACCUAUGGUGAAAUCACUUUUUUUUUCCCUCCCCAUUUCUGUGUGUUUGCAGCUUUGUAUGUGAAGUAGGUCCUGAGAUUUACCAUUCAGUGGGUCAUUGUGAGGCAUCAGUUGUGCCGAGUGAGGAUCGUUAGGUGUGCUUUUGUGGACUGCUUGCAGUGUAGCAUUCAUGCUCUGUAGUCGUUGACAUCUGUGGUAGUGUGUGCUCGGGAAGCAAGUGUGUGGCACAUUCUAACUCCCACGUCUUGGAAUUCGAGAGCCAGGAUGUCGAGAGCCUCAGACAAUGCAAGUAAAAAUGGCCGAUUUCUUAUGUUGUUUCUAAUCCUGAAAUUUCUUUUAAUUCUUAUCUGGCUGGAAUGGUCGGCAUUGCACUACCAUUUAAGUGCAGCGUAGUAGUACUCAGCAACCAUUUUGCAUAAAAUAGGCAUGCAUUGUGCUUAUAGACAUAGAAAGAAGGUGGUCUCGUGCAGCCUUUUAUGCCAAAUUUUGUGCUUGCCAUGCGAGAUUGAGCAGAGAAGUAAUUUUCCGCACACUUGCGUCCACAAUAGCACAAUCCACAAGCGUUUACAAGCAAAGUUCAGUUCACAGCUUUAGUGGCGCAACAUGUUAAAUCUUCUUGCCGCUUCUGAGCCUCACUUCGGCACCUAAUGAAUUUGUGUGUUCUGAUGGCUGCAUUAUAAGAAAAAAGCCUUUGGCCCAGAAGGAGCCUCACCGUUUGUCACCUUGGCAUUAGCUAGCACAUCGGAUAUUGGCAUUCAAUGGCAGUUACAGCAGGCAUUGAGAAUACAUUUUAAGCAGCUUGUUCUGCGUCUGGUGCGGCAUAAGUGUGCUUAGUGUUUUGGCAAGAUGUGUCUAUCUGUCGGGUGACGAGCAGUCUGGCUCCAAAGCUCUCAAUAAUAGGCGUACCUGUGGCCCUUUCCUUCUUGUAACAAAUGUUGAAAAGUGUGGUAACUGCUGAAAAAGUUUUUAUUUUAUACGUAUAUAUAAAUAUAUAUAUAGAGAGAGAGGUCAUUUUUUAAAGUGUGUUCGUUACAGUUACAGAUUUUAUGCAAUGCAAGAUUUGGUAUAUACUGUGUGUUUGAUCCUCCUCCUGCAUUUUUUUUUAACGUUCAUGACGCCGUUUCUUAAUACGAAUAAAACGAAUGCUCUUUAAACCUG